UAUUUCAAUUUCAGUCUGUCCCGACAGUUGGCGCUGCGAUCGAAUUGAGAGAAAUAUUUUGUUAUUAUUGCGUUAUUUAAACAUCGUGCUGAAUCAAAUAUUAAAUCAACAGUUACUAAUUGUUAAAAAAGUUUUGAAGUGUGCAUAAAAAACAAUACAUUUUGCGACUUUAGUGCAGAAUCGAAAAAAAUGCCACGUCUUCGUGGAAGAGCGAAAAAUAUUGGUCGACGUACUCGGAAUGCGCAAUUGGUCCAUGAUCGUCGAUUAAAUAGAUCAGUUGAAGAACUCUUGACGGAUAAUGUAAAUUCCAGAGAUCAAGUUGCAUGUUCACGAGCAAAUGAAAAUUCAGAGCAACGCGUUCGACGUCUUCAUGCUAAUACAUUAAGACAACGAGAGGCACGUCAACGACUGACCGACGCACAGAGAGAACAUCAAAAUCGGCAAGUGCUCGAAAAUCGAACAUUGACACGAGCAUCACUUAGUCGUCUCGCGUUUGAAUAUGAUCCUAAAAUAGACUAUUCGUCACAUGCACUAAUCACGAUAGGUAGUAUGGACAAAGAGUGUAAAUAUUGUCAUGCUUUUAAGUACAAAGGUGAAUCGGUUGGUUUAUGUUGUGCGUCUGGAAAAAUUUCACUGCCAUCGCUAAAUCCACCACCAGAACCUUUAAAAAUACUUUUAGCCGGAACCACAUCUCAAUCGAAAUUGUUUUUGCGGAAAAUUCGUAAAUUUAAUUCAUGCUUUCAAAUGACAUCAUUUGGAGCAACAAAAAUCGUCCAUAAUGAAGAUGGUUGUAAUUUUGAAUCUACAUUCAAGAUUUAAGGUCAGGUAUACCACCAAAUUAGUUCAUUGCUUCCAAUGCCUGAUGCCGAUCCAAAAUUUCUACAAAUUUACUUUAUGGGCGAUGAGGAGCAACAAUCACAUACACGCUGUGUUUACAACCAUAUAGAGCAGAUGGAAGAACGAGAAAUUGUGGAUAUUUUACAAACGUUUUUGCAAAAUCAUAACCAAUUGAUACGAUUGUUCAAGACUCUUUCUAACAGACUGCAAAACGACAAGUACGUCAUUGUCAUUAAAGCAGACAAAGUGCCCUAUGGCGAACACGCAGGUACAUAUAAUGUUCCAACUAUUCAUGAAGUUGCAGUUGUUAUGGCUGGUGACCCAUGUGAACGGCGAGACAUUCGCAUACAACGCAGAGAUGAUACGGUGCAAAUAAUUCAAGACAAUCAUCGUUCUUACGAUGCUUUGCAGUAUCCAUUGAUAUUUUGGGAAGGAGAAGAUGGAUAUUAUAUCAAUAUUAAACAAAGAAAUCCAACUACAGGUGAAGAACUGAACAAGAAAGUUAGUUCUAUGAACUUUUACGCAUAUCGACUAAUGAUUCGUGCUAAUGAAGACAAUAACAUUCUCCGAUGCAGACAGCUAUUUCAUCAAUACAUUGUCGAUAUGUAUGUAAAAAUCGAAAGUGAGAGAUUACGAUACAUAAAAUUUAAUCAAGCAAAACUUCGUGCUGAGGAGUACAUUCAUUUGCGUGACGCCGUAAUCGGUAACGUAGAUGCAACGAAUAACAUCAACAAUAUCGGGACCGCAUAUAUUCUCCCGUCAUCAUACAUUGGUAGUCCGCGCCAUAUGCAGGAAUACAUUCAAGAUGCCAUGUCCUACGUACGUGCAUACGACCGACCAGAUCUUUUUAUUACAUUUACGUGUAAUCCAAACUGGGAUGAAAUUAAAAAUUUGCUGUUGCCAGGUCAAACAUCGAUGCACCGUCAUGAUGUCACUGCACGUGUUUUUAAACAAAAAUUAAAAUCUUUGAUGAAUUUAAUUACUCAUCACUCGGUAUUUGGUGAAACACGUUGUUGGCUUUACUCGGUUGAAUGGCAAAAACGAGGCUUACCUCAUGCGCAUAUUUUAAUUUGGUUGGUGGAUAAAAUACGCCCAGAAGAAAUUGACAAAAUUAUUUCAGCGGAAAUUCCAGAUCCGAACAUUGAUCAAGAAUUGUUUGACAUUGUUACUACUAAUAUGAUCCAUGGUCCAUGUGGUACUCUAAACAUAAUGUCACCAUGUAUGGAUAAUGGAAAAUGCACAAAGCGUUUUCCAAAACCAUGUGAAACUGAUACUAUCACUAAUAUUGAUGGCUAUCCAUCUUACCGACGUAGAGACGUAGACAAUGGUGGUCAAUCAUAUGAAUUACGUCUGUCAAAUGGUGUAAUAGUAGAUAUUGAUAAUCGCUGGGUAGUCCCAUAUUCACCAUUGCUGUGCAAAACCUACAAAGCGCACAUUAACGUCGAACUAUGCAGUUCAGUGAAGUCGAUCAAAUACAUUUGUAAGUAUGUUCACAAAGGUAGUGAUAAAGCUAUAUUUGCUGUUCAAAAUAUAAACGACAAUGACGAAAUAACACGUUAUCAAAUGGGUCGAUACAUAAGUAGCAACGAAGCUAUUUGGCGCAUUUUUACGUUUCCUAUCCAUGAAAGGGAUCCUGCUGUGAUACAUUUGUCUGUGCAUCUUGAAAACGGACAACGUGUUUACUUCACAGAAGAGACUGCACUACAACAGGCUUUAACGGCUCCAAAAACAACUCUUACUGAAUUUUUUAAACUUUGUAGUCGACAAGAUGUUGUUGGUCAAUUCGCAAGGACAUUAAUAUACGCUGAUGUUCCUAAAUUUUUUAUAUGGAAUAAACAAUCAAAAAAUUGGGAACCGCGGAAACGAGGCACUCCAGUCUCAGGAUUCGCUGACUUAUUUAUGACAAAUACGUUAGGUCGAUUAUAUACAGUUCAUCCGAAGCAACGCGAAUGUUUUUUUUUUGCGUUUAUUACUGGUUAAC